AUUCUUCAUUGGAUGCCACAGUACCUCCGUCCGAUUUCGUUGUUUUAGUUGCAGUUCUCCGCUCCACGCUACAAGUCGUAUUUUCCUAGAAAGGAUAAUACAAACACAAAUCAGCUCCGCGGGUCUUGAGUUGACGACACCGGUCAACGGUUAAAUAGUCAAACUGUGUCCGAUCAUCCAAACAAUCUACAUAUGAAUACAUGAAAAUAGUGAAGGCAAUAAAGAAAAGUUCACAUACAUAUAUGAGAAUUUUCAAAUUCUUUAUACUCUUCUGUGCACAAAAAAUUAUUGUUGGUUAUUAAUAUUAAAACAACUGCAUGCGAAUACAUAUAUCCUUGUUGUAGUUUCGUUGCGUUUCAAACAAAAAGGAUAUGCGUUGGUCAUGGUUACUAUGAAAUUCGUUCAAAGGCGGCACAAAUCGACGCAAAAUGAAGCGUAGAAAAACUAGAAAUAAAACGAUCAAAGAAAUCACGUUACUUAGAGGAGAAAACAUGUCAUGGGAUUGCUAUAUAAAAGUUUCAAACUCUUGAAUAUAAUUCUGGAUUCUCUGGAAGAUCAAGAGGGUGGAGCUAUGUACAUAUCGUGCGAUGUCUCAAAUGGCGCUCCAGUGGAACCAGAAACGGGAUAUGUGCCAAACAAUCCUUUAUUCGGUCUGGCGUUGGAUAGUCCACAGCAAGAGUGCGCUGCGUCUUCCUGUGUUGGCUGUUUGUCUUGUCAAGGCAACACCGUUUUACCCAUCUCAUCGCUGACGUCGAACGACUUUGGUUGUGGCUCUUGUUUCGAUCCAUCCACGAGUGUGGUUGCCGGUGCUAGCAUUGUUGGAUCGGCACAAAACCAUUUACAACAGCAGCAACAACAACAACAAAUCAACCUCUCUGGCAAUAUCAGUACAAACAGCACCGUUAACAACACUAACGGUAGCAGCAGCACGGCCAGUUAUUGGAGCGCAGAUGAGAUGGCGUCAUCGUUUCCCGGAUUACCGCCAUUAGACAUCGACCCCUUGCCCAGCCUUUUCCCCUUCUCCCCGUGUGGCGCUUCAUACAACUUCUCCACGAAUCCACAUCAAGCUUCACUCUCGUAUACCGUCCAUCCACACCAGAUGCUAGUCUCACCAAGUGGUCAAGUUUCGCACCCUUCGCAGGCUCAGACUCAAUCCGCGACACAUGGCGGUUCGCUGAGUUCGGCUGCCGCGCAAACAACCUGCUACUAUGAUCCUAGCUCAAGCGGUAUGAUACCUGGGUCACCAUCCGUCGGCAGCACAUGCAGUCAGCACAUAACAUCCAGCGGAGCUGCAGCCCCUCCCCCGCCACCAAUGUAUCCCAGCAUGAGUGUGAAUGUCAGCAUGAAUAUGACUAUGCAUGGCUAUGGCGCGGAGGGAACGGUGCCCAUGCAGUGCUCACAGAUGCAAUGGACGCCGCCGAAUACCAGCUCCUCUGUCAACGUCCUCUACCCGCCAUUAUUGAGUCCAACACAUUACCCACCCGGGGCAACAUAUUCCUUCACCGCCGAUUUCCGAACGCCAACUUUGCAGCAGUCUAAUCAGAGUCCUGUGCCCGGUGUUCUGCCUGCACUGACGGAUGCCGUGAUAGUCGAGGAGGAUUCGCCAUCGCCGACAAGCGAUACAUCGCGACAUCUCUUCGCCGCUGCUGGCACAGAACUCGCUUCCGACUUUGCGUCGCCAACAAAGAGUCCCUAUGAGGAUGAUGAGGACAGCAACGAAGAGGGCUCUGACUCUAAGCCAAAUCUGUGUAGGCUUUGUGGAAAAACUUACGCACGCCCAAGCACGCUCAAAACGCAUCUGCGAACACAUUCGGGUGAGCGGCCUUACAGAUGCCCGGAUUGCAAUAAGAGCUUUUCGCAGGCCGCCAAUUUAACGGCACAUGUACGCACACACACCGGACAGAAGCCAUUCCGUUGUCCAAUUUGUGAUAGACGUUUCUCACAAAGUUCCAGCGUCACCACGCACAUGCGCACCCAUUCCGGCGAAAGACCCUACCGCUGUUCUUCGUGCAAGAAAUCCUUCUCGGACAGUUCCACACUUACAAAACAUUUGCGAAUCCAUAGCGGAGAAAAGCCGUACCAAUGUAAAUUGUGCUUGCUCAGAUUUUCCCAAUCGGGCAACUUGAAUCGCCAUAUGCGGGUUCAUGGAACCAAUCAAAACAAUGUCGGCAACAGCAGCAACGGUGGUAACAAUCUGUUGGCAUGACAAAAGGCGCGAAGUGGCGCCGCAUUUCAACAUUACUACCCCCCCUACACCCACGGUGCUCACAAUCUUCCGCAUGCCCCGCACGCACACCCUCAUGCCCAUUCCCACGCCCACGCCCGCGCCCACGCCCACGCCCACGUCCACGCCCACGCCCAUAAUCAUCCACACAUGCAUAUACCAAGCAGUAAUUAUGAUUAUAGCAGCUAUGGCAUCAACGAUUACACUUCACCCGGAUCACAAAACUAUUCAGAUUAUUAUUUUUGUGCACUUAAUAAACCCAAAAUGGAAAGAUUCUAUUAGCCGGAACGACAGCAGCGACAAACAUUCAUAGAUUAAGGGAAAUGGAGUAAAACAGGUGUUAACGAAAAUAUGUAUAUGUACUUAUAGUAUAUGAACAACAACAACUAUGGUCUUUGAAUUUAGACGAAAAGCCAAUCGAAUGUACGUACGUACGUAAAUAGACGAGAGGAUGAAAAGGAAAUUAAGCGACAAAACUUUGGUUGAAAAUGCUCAAAUUUAACAAAUAAAGCUUGUUGGUGUAAUUAAUGAAAAAGCUACACUAAGUAAAUAUGCCAUUAAUAAACACUCAAGAAUGUACAUAAAUAAAUAAAUACACCCGAAAUUUAUGAUAGUUGUAUACAUAUGAAUACAUAAACCCAAUUACAUAUGUAGAUUUUCGUAAAAAAAAA